AUGUCUAUGUCAAAGUCGUCCUACACGCAAUACAACAGGAAGAACUGGGAGGAUGCAGAUUUUCCUAUACUAUGUCAAACAUGCCUUGGAAGUAAUCCUUAUUUGAGAAUGAUGAAAGACAAAUAUGGCAAGGAAUGUAAAAUAUGUGAGCGACCAUUCACUAAUUUUCGUUGGCAACCAGGAAAGGGCGCACGUUAUAAGAGCACUGAACUGUGUCAGACAUGUGCUAAAGUGAAGAAUGUCUGCCAAACGUGUAUGUUCGACUUGGAAUAUGGGCUACCCGUUCAAGUUCGUGACGCAGCACUUCAGAUCGCCGACAAUAUUCCUCGUCAGGGAGCCAACAGGGACUUCUAUCUUCAGAAUGUUGAGCGAGCACUCGCCAGCACAGAUGGCACAACACCAGUAGGAGCAUUAGCAAACGUUGGUGAUUCGGCUGGAACGGAAAUGUUAAAGCGCCUUGCAAGGACUGCCCCUUAUUACAAACGGAAUGCACCUCAUAUCUGCUCAUUCUAUGUGAAAGGUGAAUGUAAAAGAGGAGAGGAGUGCCCAUAUCGCCAUGAAAAACCAUCAGAUCCUGACGAUCCUUUGUCUACUCAGAAUAUCAGAGAUCGAUAUUACGGAAGCAAUGAUCCCGUAGCCGAAAAGAUCAUGAAUAGAGCUAAGGCUAUGCCAGCGCUGGAACCUCCUGCAGACACUACAAUAACUACAUUAUAUGUUGGCAACCUUGGACCUGUUGGGCAGAUAACUCAAAAGGAUUUGAGUGAUUACUUCUAUCAGUUUGGUGACAUUCGAAGUUUACGUCUGUUGGAGGCGAAAUCGUGUGCGUUUAUUCAAUUUACCACCCGGGAGUCAUGUGAAAUGGCUGCUGAAAGGUCGUUCAAUAAGUUGUUCCUCAAGGGCCGUCGUCUGGUAAUUCGAUGGGGACAACCUCAAGCGCAGAAAGCAGAUGAGCAACGAACCAUCAAUCCAGUGCCCUCCUUACCGAAUCCGUGCCCUGUUCCUGAGGAUUUGGUUCCAUCUUCUAAACGUCAACGCAUCGAUCCACUUAACAUUCCUCUUCCACCUGUACCUCCCAGCUUUGCAGCUCCAUCAAAACUUGUUGUUCCACCUUCAAGGCCUCCGGCAGGAUCUAGUACUGACAGCAGUGCUGGUACGUCAAGUCGUACUGGCGGCAUAUAUUACCCUAGUCAGGAUCCACAACGUUUGGGUGCUAAAGGGGACGUAAUUGAAGAAUAA